AUGCAAGAUGUGCCGAUUUCCGGAAUUGCGGAGCAGAUUGAGUUUGAGAUUGGUCAGGAGAAUUUUAAAGCUGUUGGAAGAAACGAUGUAACGCCAGUGGUACAGAAGCCGGCUUCAAUGUCAGGGGAAGCCAGUGAUGGUUAUGUGGGGUCGUUUGAAAGUUCUCUGGAGAAUCCUGCGAAGAAGUCUUCGGUUGCAAUAUGUGCUGACGGUGACAGUGCUGUUGCGAUACGACGUGUAUAA